GCGGGCAUGAGCGGAUCCCGGCUGAGCUAACGCUCAGAGUCGAUGGCGGCAAUGGCUGGUGCUGGGAUUGAUUCCAUAGUGGAUUGUACAUACCAUGCAUGAAUCUGCAGCAAAGAAAAUAUGUAUUUAACUGUUGCGAACCAUGAAGGUACCAAAAGUUGCAUAUGUGUUUGUCCUUUUCAUAUGCCUAUUCGUAUACUUACAUCUAAAGAAACCUUUUCAAAGAAUACAAAAUGGACUUGGAUUCACUAUACAGGCAACACUCAAACAACCUACCCCUCAAGACUUUUACGGAAUCAUGUUUGAUGCAGGCAGUACUGGGACGCGCAUCCAUGUCUUCAAGUUUACCAAGAUGCCAAGCGAAUCUCCUAAACUUGCACAUGAAACUUUCCAAGCCUUGAAGCCAGGAUUGUCAGCAUAUUCUGAUGAGCCCCAUUUGGCCAUGAAAGGUAUUCAGGACCUACUGGACAUUGCCAAAGAGUCAGUUCCUAGAGACCUUUGGGCAAGCACACCUUUAGUACUAAAAGCUACUGCUGGUUUACGUCUGUUGCCAGGAGUAAAAGCCCAGCAUUUGUUGGAUAAGGUAAAAGAAGUCUUUCAUUUGAGCCCUUUCCUGGUAACGAAUGGUUGUGUUGGUAUCAUGGAUGGGAGUGAUGAAGGUAUUUCUGCUUGGAUUACUGCCAACUUUUUAAUAGAUAGUCUACAAGGGUCAAAGCACAAUACCACUGGAAUACUUGAUCUUGGAGGAGGCUCUACCCAGAUCACAUUUUUGCCUCACAGUGAGAUGACACUCCAGACCUCUCCUAUUAACUAUAUUACCUCAAUUCAGAUGUUCAAUAGCACUUACACACUCUACUCACACAGUUACCUAGGAUUCGGUUUGAUGUCAGCGAGACUGGCAAUUUUAGGAGGAACUGAAGGUAGUCCACUUGAGGAAGGACAAGAGCUAAUAAGCUCUUGCUUAUCACCAGGCUACAAAGCGGAGUGGAAGCAUGCUGAAAUUGUUUACAACAUUAAAGGACAGAAAGCAGGAGAACCUCUGUAUGAUUCCUGUUAUGCAAGGAUAGAAAAAAUACUCUAUACAAAAGUGCAUAAACCUGAAGAAGUGGGAAACUUGUCAUUUUAUGCAUUCUCCUACUACUAUGACAGAGCAGUUGAUGUUGGACUUAUUGAUGAAGAGAAAGGAGGCACUUUAAAAGUUGAGGAUUAUGGAAAAGCAGCCAAACGCGUAUGUCAAAGUAUGGAAUCUGAAUCAACAGAUAAACCGUUUCUUUGCAUGGAUCUUAUAUACAUAACGCUGCUGCUAGAAGAACUUGGUUUUCAGAAAGAUGCAGUUUUGAAGCUUGCCAGGAAGAUCAAUGGUGUUGAAAGCAGUUGGGCACUGGGAGCCACGUUCCAUUAUAUUGACUCUCUUCAUAGAAACUAAUGUGAAAAAUUAGCUAAUGUUUACAUUAUGGAACAAUUCAGCCGGGAUUGAACUCAUUGCCUCGUACAAAAUAUUGCUCUCCCUGCUUGGGGAGUUGGGAGAUCUCCAAAUGUGGGUCUGGGCUUUGUGGAUUGUAAUACCAUUAAUGUCUUUACCACAGUGUUACAUGUGUUUAAUCUAAUGAUUCAUAAGGUUACUGCUUGGUGCAAUACUCCAACAUAUUGGCAGUUAUUUUGCACAAAUUUACCAAACAAAAUGAGUGGAGCAAAUUAUUUUUUAGUUGUAAUAACUGAUUUUAAUUGACAAAAUGUUUGUUGGAGACAAUAGCAUAACUACUUGAAUUGGAAGAGACUAUGGGAUAGGCUUAUUUUGAUUAAAUAGUUCCAGUGUUUAUAUAUCGGAAGACCUACAGUGCAAGCUGGUCCAUGCCCAAAAACUAAUUUCCACAGAUUCCACAUUCAUGAUUCCUGCUUUCCAAGCGAUGAAGGUAAACCUCUUGUUUUUGUGGAAAAUACAGAGUUGGUUAUUUGUAAUGUACAGCCUGUAGAUGAAAGCUCGCCGCCUAUUGGCUAUCACUAUCAAUUUUGAUUCAGCACUCCACCUAUAUUAGCUGAAACACAGAACUGUUGUCAAAAGAUCAUCAUUAUCUGGGAGAGUGGAGGAAGUAUUAGAAGAGAGCCUGGUUACCCCUACCUAGCCUGUGUCUUUAUUGGAUUGUCCAAAGUCCUGUCUGAAAUGGGAAAGGGUGCUUCUUGAAUCCUUAUGCCCCUGCCCCCAACAUUGUGCGUCUGCAUGAUGACCUAAUUCUAGGAUAAAGGAGACCUAUUUUCCUUUCAAAGGAGGACUACCAUCAGUUGCACAAUUUAUCGUUUUUCCAGAUUCUUUAUGGAUGUCAUUUAGGGAAAGUGCUAAAUUGAAAUGAGAGGGUCUUGUAAUGUUUUUUUCCAUAUCUUCACCUGUCACUGUCAACCCAUUUAUGCUGGGGGGGAUGCUGCAGUGAUAUAACCCCAGCUGAUGGAUACUGAACAAGCCAGGCAGCAUCUGUGGACAGAGAAACAGUUAAAGUUUUAGGCUGAUGUCCUUUUGUCAAUACUGGAAAAAGUUAGGGAUAUAACAGGUUUUAAGCAAGUACAGUGGCAGGGAAUGGGGGGAGAAUAAAAGGGAAGGUGUGUGAUGAGAUGGAAGGCAGAAGCGAUUCAAUGACAAGGCGGUGCUGGUACAAGGCAAAAGAUGAUGGUAAUGGGACAAGUAAGAAACAAAAGAGAGGUUGAACGAAGGUGUAAGUGGGAAUAGCAGAAUCAAUACCAGCAGCUGUCAUCCAAAAAAUGUGUCUAUGAAGUUGUUGAACUCCGUGUUAAGUCCAGGAGUUUGUAAAAUGCUGAAUCAAAGAUAAGGUGCUGUCCCUUGUUUACUUUGAACUUCGUUGGAACAGUGUAGGAGGCCAAGACUAAGAAGUCAGAAUGGUAUAGGCCAGAGAAUUAAAAUGACAAAACAGAAACAGAAAUACCUGAAAAAACUGAGCAGGUCUGGCAGCAUCGGCGGAGGAGAGCACAG